AUGAAGAAAUAUUUAGUAGUAGGAGGAAGUGGAUUCCUUGGUAGAUAUAUUGUUGAGGCACUUUUAGCACGCUCAGAAAGAGAUGUUCAUGUUUUUGAUAUAAGAAAAUCUUUUGAAGACGAAAGAGUUACAUUUCACAUUGGAGACAUCUGCAAUAUCGAUGAUCUAGUCGAAGCAUGUAGAGGUGUCGAUACAGUAUUCCACACAGCAUCACCAACACACGGUAUGGGAUACGACAUCUACUAUAAGGUGAACGUCACCGGCACGGAGAACCUGAUCGAAGCCUGCAAACGUACACAAGUUAAACAGUUGAUCUACACCAGUUCAUCAUCGGUGGUCUUCAACGGUAGCGAUAUCGUCAACGGAGAUGAAACACUACCCUAUGUAGACAAGCAUCUCGACCCCUACAACAAGACCAAGGAGCUAGGUGAGAGAGCGGUACUCGCUGCCAACUCCACACUCUUGCUGACCUGUGCUAUCAGACCAGCCGGUAUCUUUGGACCUCGUGAUGUACAGGGUUGGCCACAAUACCUCAAGGCAGCCAAAGAAGGAAAGAACAAGUUUAUGUUUGGCGACGGAAAGAACCUUUGCGAUUGGACCUACAUUGACAAUGUCGUUCACGCUCACCUGCUUGCCGCCGACAAGAUGACAGUGCACUCUGACAUCCCAGGUCAAGCAUACUUUAUCACCAACGACGACCCUGUCAUCUUCUGGGACAUGCCAAUCUAUGCCUACGAAGCGUUCGGUUAUGAAAGACCCAAGUACAAGGUACCAUUCGGUGUUAUCUAUGUGAUUGCAUGGAUGAUCGAUCUUGUAGUUGCACUUGCCAAGCUGUUUGGUGUCACAUUACACCCGACCAUUACACUGUUCCGUAUCGUCUACUCUAACUCUACCCGUUACUUUAACAUCUCAAAGGCAAAGCGUGACUUGAACUACAAGCCAAUAGUAACCUACAAAGAAGGUCUAGAAAGAACCAAAGAAUGGUUCAAAGCUAACUACUCAAGUUAUAUCAAAGAUAAAAAGAAAAAUUAA